GCCAUAGUUACACAUUCAGGAAAUGGCAAAUUCAUUGGCAGCAUGCCUACUGCUAGUCCCACAGCGACGUCUAGAACUGUUUUUACAGUAAUUUCACCGUCUGUAACCGAAGGGAAAACAGUGCACACACAACACAGUAAGCUAGGACAUCGACAUCUAGCAACUUUUGCUGUUCUAUAUUGACAUCAGAGGGGAAGGAAAACGGUCCAACUGGUUGCUAGCUUGGUGGUUAGCUAGCUACCGCUAACUCCACAAUCAGCUCUUUGCUGCAGCCACACAGACGGGGGCUAGUUCGCUGUCCAGGGUGCUGAAGUUGAUCAUAUUUGCGUUGCAGCCAUAAACCAAGGAGUAGCUAAUAAUAUGAGCCUAAACACCGUCCCCUGUACCGUGAAGCCUACUGUCACCUUGCAGAUUGGAGAUGCUGAGACUGAUUCAUCUCGUCCCGGUGUCUAUGUCAUAGACGUUACACUUCCUAUAGGACAGACUGUCAACAUCCAGGAGAUCUCCUUUAAGAACUACUACACAGCAUACGUGUCUGUGCGUCUGCUGAGGAGAGACGGGGAGGGGGCAGCUAAAUGGGCUACAUGUCUGAGGAACCACUGUCUGAUGCCCAGCCCACAUACUGAAGAGGGUUCACAAGACUACUGCUCUGUCUACCGACAACAGAUGCUGAUUGAACCAGACAACGUGACUUCAGUGAGACUGAUCCUACGACAGCCUUCAUCAGCCUGGUUGAAUUUCAACGUGGAGGACAUCAAAAUACACCCCUGUUUAAAUGAGGAUUCAGAGUGGGACAUUCCUGAUUGGUUAUCAGACCUCACACAGGUGGACCAACUGUGUGAUUUACAGGGUCUUCCAGAUCCUCAGACGGUAUCUUCCAGUAUUCAGCAGAUGUGGGCGUUAACCGAGGUCAUGCAGACCAAUCAGACCACUGCUUCCAUAGGCCGCUUCGAUGUUGAUGGCUGCUACGAUAUCAACUUGCUGUCCUUCACUUAACAAGGAAUUGACUGGAGGUUCAUUUUACAAUGGUGUGAAGAACAAAGUAGUCUCUCCCAAAGUAUAUUUGAUUGAUCGCCUGACGAUGUUAUAUUUAAGUUUUAUGAAAAGUAUGUAUAUUUAUUUGUGAAACACUGUAAACUUUCAUUCUUUUUUUUUUUUUGUGUGUGUUUUUUUUAACCACCUCGGCCACCUUUGCCACUCAUGAUUGUAACUUUGUUUAUUAUACAAGAUGCAUGAUGGCCUUCAGCCAGAUGAGGACAGUAGUGCUUCUUGAAUGAGACCAAGGAGCCACUGUUAACUAUCUGAGAUGUGGAUAUAGCAUGCUGGCUGGGGUUCUGGGUGUUUUGCAGUCUCCAAUUCUCUUUUUUCUAUUUAAAAAAAUAAAUAAAAAUGACCUUUUUAUUUAA